AUGCGCCGCCACGGUUCCGACGAUGACAAGUUCGCCGAACUCAUCUACAUCAGCGGCGACGACGAACUAAACGCCUCAGAAUCCGACGAUCAGGCCGAAUUCGACAGCGACAAUGCCGUAGACGAUCUCCUUGACGAGCCCGAAACCGGUCUGCCGCCACAGUUGUCUUACUCCGUCUUGAAAGAAUCCGAAAUCCGCCGCCGCAUCGACGAAGACGCCAGCCAUCUCUCCGCCAUGCUCUGCCUCCCGAAAUCCGAAACAACCCUAAUCCUCCGCCACUUCAAUUGGGACACGAGCAAGGUCUCCGACUCGUGGUUCGCCGACGAAUUCGAAGUCCGCCGCCAGGUCGGUCUCCCGACGGCACCUCAAAAGGUAACCCUCCCUCCUCCGUCCGAUCGCUGCAGUCUCACCUGCACGAUCUGUUUCGAAAAGCACCGUCUCACCUCCUUCCACUCCGCGGACUGCGGCCACCGCUUCUGCCGCUGGUGCUGGCGAAAAUACAUAAAGCAGUGCGUCGUCGACGGCCCCCGCUGCCUGCAAUUGAGAUGCCCUGAGCCUUCCUGCAAAAUUCUCGUAGGUGACGAUCUAAUCGACCAAAUUGCCGACGAGAAGGUGCGGAAAAGUUAUUCAAAUUUUGCCCUUAGGUCUUAUGUAGAGAACAGCAGUAAAAGGAAAUGGUGUCCUGCCCCCAAUUGCGAAUACGCCGUGGAAUUUAAUUCAAUUGGGGAAGGAGACUACGAUGUUUCCUGCCUCUGCUCGCACAACUUCUGCUGGAACUGCGCCGAGGACAAGCACUCGCCCGUGGACUGCGAGACAGUGAAGAACUGGUCACUGAAGAACGCGGCCGACUCGCAGAAUGAGUUGUGGAAGAAGGUGAACACGAAGCCAUGCCCGAAAUGCAGCAGAUCAAUCGAGAAGAACGCUGGGUGUAUGCACAUGAGAUGUGCAGCUCCAUGCCGGCACGAAUUCUGCUGGGUGUGCCUGGAAUCAUGGGUUGGCCACUCGUAUUCGUGCAAUAAGUACAAGGAAGAUGGUGAUCCUGCUGUAUUGAAGUCAUUGGGGGAAGAAUUGAAGAGGUACCAGCACUACUACGAACGGUGGGCAGCAAACGAGAAAUCGAGGCAGAUUGCGGUGAGAGAUUUGAAGGAUGUGAGGGAGAAUGUGGUUUUGAAGAUUGGGAGUAUUCACGGUGAGAAUCCGAUCCAGCUGGUGUUCUUGACUGAAGCUUGGGAGCAGAUUGUGGAGUGUAGAAGGGUUCUGAAGUGGACUUUUGCCUACGGCUACUACUUGCCCACUGGAGAAGCCGCAAAGAAGCAGUUCUUCGAGUACUUGCAAGGGCAGGCCGACACUUGUUUGGAGAGGCUUCAUGAUUGUGCAGAGAAGGAAAUGAGGAAGUUUGUGGCCCAAGAAAGCUGCACGAAAGAGUACCGUGCCUUUCAGGUGAAGCUGAUUGAUUUGACGAAGCUGUGCAGGACUUACUUCGAGAAUUUGGUUCGAGCGCUGGAGAAUGGGUUGUCUGAUGUCGAGACCGGUAUGAAUGCAAAGAGACAGAAGAUGAAGAAUUGA